AUGCUGUGGACGCUCAGUAGACUACACUCCAGCACCGACAUUGACUUUCACGGGCACUGGGAGCCCAAAGAGGCACAUGGCGCCCUCCGUGGCAGUGUCUCCUUCACUGCGGUGCUCUGGACCGAACCCGCGGGAUCUCUGAGAUGGGGUCGAGGAUUUGGUCUUUUGGGUUCCAUUUUUGGAACGGAUGGUGUAUUAAACCAGCCAAACAGUGUCUUUGGACUUAUAUUUUAUAUACUGCAGUUAUUACUUGGCCUGACAGCGAGCGCGGUGGCAGCGCUGAUCCUCAUGACGUCGUCCAUCGUGUCUGUCGUGGGGUCUCUGUACCUGGCGUACAUUCUGUACUUUGUGCUCAAGGAGUUCUGCCUCAUCUGCGUCAUCACGUACGUGCUGAACUUCACUCUCCUCAUUGUCAACUACAAACGACUAGUUUACUUGAAUGAGGCCUGGAAGCGGCAGCUGCAGCCCAAGCAGGACUGA